AUGAGUAAUAUUAAUAAUGAUUUUCACAAGAAGAACAGUCGUGUUCUAGAAAAACUUGGUCAAAAAAUAACAAAUUUUAAAGAAGAUAUUGCCGACAAUAUUGAACGUCGCAGACAAUCUCAUAAUAGUAUUAAUUCAAAUCAAAUACAUUAUACAUCAAAAGUAAAUAUGUCAGAUGAUUCAUUGGUUAACGAAAAAAAACCUCCAACACCAACUGAAAAUCAACCGAGUCGUACUGGCGAAGAUGUUCCGACUACUGAACGUCAGUUUUCAAUCUCACAAUUGGCAAUGGGUUUUGGAAAAAAGCCAACAACUGAUACAUUAUCCGCUGCAACAGCUGGCAUGGUACAUAGUGAUUCUAUGCGCUCAUUCAGCGAUAUAUUUUCAACUGAAAAUUCUACGCAAGCUAAAGAUUUAAUAAUGCAUGGUGUACGUAAUGAACUUUAUCGAAGUCAAAGUCGAGCAACAAGUGAAAGUGGUUCAGAAGAAUAUAUUAUACAUAAAGUUGACCCAGUUGAUUUAGCAGCAAAACCAACACUGGUUCGUCUUGAUAAAAGUAUGCGAAAACCAACUAUGUUAUUAGCUGGACCAAAAUUUCGUUAUCAUACUGUUGAACCUGAAUUUGAUCUAAAAAAAAAUACAAUUUAUCCAAUAUCGGGUGCUGUUGCAUUUUUUGCAUUACUCAUAACAUUAUGGAAACCAUUUUCAGCAUUUUUUAGUGGAUUUUUUGUUGGAUUUAUGAUUAUUGCAGCUAUUGCUUAUAUGUUAACACGGAUUUAUGUGCAUUUUAAAGCUGAUGAAAGUGUUGUUCAUGAAUGGAUUGAUUUUCCUGAAUUAGAAAAAUUUCAUGAAGCUAAAACACCUAAAGAAGAUAAACAUACAACUUUACAUACAUGUGGAGAAAUUCUUUUUGGUAAAUAUGAUGCUGAUCAAGAUGAUAAUUACGUUCGUUAUCCAGUUGUUCUUCGUUUGGAAAAUUAUCACCUUACUAUUCAAUUACCAACACAAGCUAAAGAAGAAGAAAACAAAGAUAGAGAAGUGCGAUUUGUUGGACAUCGAGAAUAUAUUCUCAACGAAGCGAACAUUAUGCUUGUUCCUGAAGCAACAAUGACCCGUAUUAAAUAUUGGGUUCAUGAAUAUCCAAUUAUUGUACAAGAUCUAAAAUUAUUAGGCCCAGAAAUUUAUAGUCAUGAAUUUGCAGAAAAGUCAAAAUUUGAUACAGAUGAUUUUUUUAAUAAUACUCAAACAGCAAUUAGUAUUUUCUUUGAAACUGGACCUGAUAAAGAAGAUUGGUUUCACAAAUUAUCACUUGUAUUACGUCGGGGCAAAGAAGAAAUUGAACGUGCUACUCUUGCUUCAAUGGGUGCACCAUCAGCACCUUCAGUUGCUGCUAGUUCUGCACCUACAGCAUUGAAUAUGAUAGCCCAAAGUAUUCCUGAUGUACAAAUUCCAACAUUAGGUACACGUGCUAGUGAAAUGCAACCAAAUACAACUAAUCUUGAAGAACGUGUACAAAUGAAACAAGCUGAAUCUGUUGGUCCACCUUAUGCUGAUACAACAGCAACAGAAAAAGGUGAUACAGAAGCACUUCGUAGUCAAAUUAAUGAAGCUGAUAUUCGUGCUGAUAUGGCUCAAGCUCGUGUAACUGCACAAGAAUUACGAACUGAAACAUUAGAAAAAGAAAAAGAAAAAGAUAAAAAAUCGAAUGAUAAAGAUGCAGACAAAGAUAAGGAAGCUACAGGUUCACAUCAAACAGCAUCAACGAAAAAAAAACUUCGUAAACAAGAAGAAAAUCUUGAACGUAUACUUGAUCAACCUGAUUGUCUUGAUGAAGCAGCUAUAACAUUAAAUUUUCUUGCACGCCGAUUACUUUGUGAUGUUUUCGAAGAACCAUUAUUCAAAGAUUUAAUGAAAGAAAAAAUUGAACUCAAAUUAAAAGAAAUUGCUGUAUCUGUAUUAGACGAUCUUCAUGUUGAAACAAUUGAUUUAGGAAAUACAUUUCCUGUUAUACUUAAAGUUGAACCAAUGCAAUUUAAUGCAAAAGGAAUUUGGUUUAAUUUAUUCUUUUUCUAUCGAGGCAGUUUUAAAAUUACAAUUAAAACUCGUUUGGUUCUUCAACGAUUACUUAAUUAUAAUCCUACAUAUGAUCAACCAAUGUAUGCUCAACAUCAUUCGGGUCAACCUACUAAUACUGAUGAAAAAAUUGAUGAUGAUGAUCUUCUUCAAAGACAGAAAUUAUUAGCUAAGGAACCGGAAAUACCUGAAAAUGCCGCAGCACGUAAAUUAGGUGCUUUAUUGACAAAAGUUGCUGCGAACAAACAUUUUCAACGUUUUGCGGCAUUAAAACCAGUUGCUGGUGUUAUUGAAAAAUUAUCUAAUGCUGAAGUUGGUGCAAAAGUUGAACUAUCUAGUUUUAGUGGUAUGAUGACUAUUAACAUUCCACCACCACCAAGUGAUCGUAUAUGGAUUGGUUUUCCUGAAAUGCCUGAUCUUAAUCUUAAAGUGACACCUGUCUUUGGUGAAAGUAAAUAUUCAUAUACAUUAAUUCAUGAUUUUCUUGAAGCACGUAUUCGCGAUGAAAUUAAACGUAUGGCUGUACUUCCAUCGAUGGAUGAUCAAUUAUUACCAAUAUUUCGUGAUUGGGUUAUUGAUGUUAUUGGUGAAAUUGCAUCAAAACCAGGCAAUCCAUUAGUUGAUACGCUUAAAAGUCAAACAUCAUUUCGAGAUAAAUUUCAAGAACAAAAAGAUCUUAAAGAACUUAAUCGUGGUGGUUCAUCAUCACCACCAGAAAAACCUAAAUCAACCAAUAGAUUACCAGAACAAUCGUAUAUGAAUGAUCCUAACGAAGAACUUGGAGAAGAAAUGACCCAGUUUUAA